GUGCUGCGACAGUGUAACAAAUGUGAAGCUCACAUACUAAGGAGGAAGACUAACGUCUGCCGAUUCCACACACCUUAGGUGCAUUCAUUUAUUUUUCACCUCCUGAAAUCCCUAAAGGAUUUUACCUUCUUGCUUUAUGUCCUCAGCUUGUUGACUAAUAGGACUCUGGAGAGACGUUCGUACAAGUGGUUUCUCUGGGGAAUAUGUGGAGCCUGAAGACAAUAACACAGAAAUAUAAGUCUUACCAGCUUGGUUUGUGUCUGUCAUGAUUUUAAUACCCUUAAUGAUGAAGGGUAUUUACGUCUUUAGUGUCUUGGCACUUCUGAUCACUUUCCUUAUGGUCUUUUACUCAACAUUAAAUCUAGAGACCGCCAAAAGUUACACGUCUGAAGUGAAGUUGUUUUCAAAGGUCGAGGACCAGAAUUUGGAUAUACUGCUUUCAGAGCCACAAAGCUUUACCCUACCUGAGCCUGAUGUCGACAACGUCUCUGUUUCAGAAAGCUUCAGACAGACAAUACCUCAAAAUGGAGCAUACUGGAACCGCCUAUUAUACUCUAGACUGAAAAAUCUUGGAAAGAGGGAAUCCCCUUUAAGAGACAAAUUGUCUUGGUCUAAGUGCAGGCAGGCCAAUGAAGAAAGUCUAAAAAUCAACGUGCAUAACUUCAAUAGCUAUCCUGCCCCGUUCCAGGACUUUUUGCGUGUCAUGGACUGCAGAUCCUCUGCUGCCCUUGCCCUUUUACCUCACAAGUGCCUCCCUAUAGAAAGUGAUGGAGAAAACCAAACUCUACUGCUUUUUGCCAUCAAGUCAAACCCUGGGAAUUUUGAGCGAAGACAAGCGGUGCGAGAAACCUGGGGCCAAGAGAUGCUGUAUCCUAAUGGACUCCAGAUUCGGAGAGUAUUUAUUUUGGGCAACCCCUAUCCAGAGGACCCUAACCUCGGCCCGCUGCUUUCAUUUGAAAAAGAAUACUUUGGGGAUAUUUUGCAAUGGGAUUUCCAAGAAUCCUUUUUGAACCUGACACUAAAAAUGAACUUGUUCCUACCAUGGACGCUAAAACACUGUCCUCAUGCCUCCUUUGUCUUUAGUGGUGACGAUGAUGUGUUUGUCAACACUCCUGCACUGGUCACCUAUCUGCAGUCUUUGGAGCCUUCUAAAGCAUCUCGGGUGUAUGUGGGACAUGUCAUCAACUCAGCAGGUCCAAUCAGAGACCAGAAAAGCAAAUACUACAUCCCCACGAGCUUCUACAAUGGUCCAUACCCUCCUUAUGCUGGUGGAGGUGGCUUUCUGAUCUCUGGAGCUUUGUUGAAACCCCUGUACUCUGUUUCUUUUGUCAUUCCUUUCUUUCCCAUUGAUGACGUGUACAUCGGUAUGUGUGCUAAAGCUCUGGGAGUUUCUCCUCAGGGACAUGCAGGCUUUCAGACCUUUGACGUCAAGGAGGAGGACCGUGACAACUUGUGUAUACACAAAAACCUGAUUCUGAUCCAUCAGCGUUUACCAAAGCAGUUGAUGUACCUGUGGAAGGGCAUUCACAGCCCCUUAUUGUCUUGUUAAAAUCUGACAUUUCAGCUGAGCUGACAUUUCAGCAUUGACAAGAGGCUCUCUCACUGUCUAAUGUUGCAGAACUAUUUUUGUUAAUAAGCAAUUCUACUUGUUUAUUGCUGACAUUUUAUGAAGAAAAAAGGCAAAGAUAAUCCAUCUUAACUUUUUUAGAAAACUAGUUUUUACUACUAGACUUUAUGUUAAGUUAUAUAAUAAGUUGUCAAAGUUGUUUAACAGGCGGAAAUCAAUAAACGACAUGGUGGAAGAGUUGUUGAUGUAUGGUGUCUGUUUUUUCUCUGUGUGUGUGUGUGUGUGUGUGUGUGAAUUUACUUAAUUUACUGCAGGUCUCCACAUAGUCCAAAAAUGUAGAUUGAGGACAAGGACAAGUGGACACUGAUGACUGCUAGGAUUGGCUCCAUCUUCCUUUUUGGCCCUCAAAGAAUAAAGUGGAAGAAAAAAAAACAAAUGACAAAAUUAAAUAUGACAAGUGACCUAGUCAUUUGUCAUGUUGCAUUGUACACAGGUCAAGUAAGUGUAUGCAAAUUAUAUGUAAAAAAAACCCCACUAAAAAUAUAUAUAUAAUAUUAUUUAUUUAGCAUCUCUUUCUUGAUGAUUAAAGCUGAUUACAUUUUUUACACUGCAUGCCUUUCCACUCAGUUAAAUAAUAGUUGGCUAAAAUUAUUAUUAUCUGCACUUUCACUGUAUUUCAAAUACAGCCAAUGAAGCUGCUGG